AUGUCCAUUGUUUCAUUACACAGAGCAGGACACAGAGCAGGACACAGGACACAGAGCAGGACACAGAGCAGGACACAGGACACAGAGCAGGACACAGAGCAGGACACAGAGCAGGACACACAAGAGGACACAGAGCAGGACACAGAGCAGGACACAGAGCAGGACACAGAGCAGGACACAGAGCAGGACACAGACACAGAGCAGGACACAGAACAGAGCAGUACACAGAGCAGGACACAGAGCAGGACACAGAGCAGGACACAGAGCAGGACACAGAGCAGGACACAGAGCAGGACACAGAGCAGGACACAGAGCAGGACACAGAGCAGGACACAGAGCAGGACACAGGACACAGAGCAGGACACAGAGCAGGACACAGGACACAGAGCAGGACACAGAGCAGGACACAGGACACAGGACACAGAGCAGGACACAGAGCAGGACACAGGACACAGAGCAGGACACAGAGCAGGACACAGGACACAGAGCAGGACACAGAGCAGGACACAGAGCAGGACACAGGACACAGAGCAGGACACAGGACACAGAGCAGGACACAGAGCAGGACACAGGACACAGAGCAGGACACAGAGCAGGACACAGGACACAGAGCAGGACACAGGACACAGAGCAGGACACAGAGCAGGACACAGGACACAGAGCAGGACACAGAGCAGGACACAGAGCAGGACACAGGACACAGAGCAGGACACAGGACACAGAGCAGGACACAGGACACAGAGCAGGACACAGAGCAGGACACAGAGCAGGACACAGGACACAGAGCAGGACACAGAGCAGGACACAGAGCAGGACACAGGACACAGAGCAGGACACAGGACACAGAGCAGGACACAGGACACAGAGCAGGACACAGAGCAGGACACAGAGCAGGACACAGGACACAGAGCAGGACACAGAGCAGGACACAGGACACAGAGCAGGACACAGCAGGACACAGAGCAGGACACAGGACACAGAGCAGGACACAGAGCAGGACACAGAGCAGGACACAUCUUAAACAGUGUUUUUGGUCUAAAGUUUAAAGGAAAACCAUAUUGUGUUUCUUUUUCCCGGGAGCAACAGUUGAACACAUUACUCUGA